AAGACUACAUCAUUUUCACUUUGCUCAAACAUACCUCGUUUAAAAAAUCUAGCGUACGUUGGUGACUGCUACAGUCAUAUAUAUAAGCAAUAUUCGAAGAGGAUUUCUUGGUUUAAAGCACAAUUUACCGAGCUACUAGAAUACAAGCUCAUCUGGCAUGGCAUUGAAGACUCUAGGGGCAAAAGCUGCGGCUGCUCUCGAUCAGGAGCUUAUGAGUAGCAGUGCCUUUUCUCUCGAUCAGCUGAUGGAGCUUGCUGGCCUAUCGGUAUCACAAGCAAUUUUCCGACUGCAACCGCCUCAGAAAGGACGCCGAAUCCUCGUUGCUUGUGGCCCUGGAAAUAAUGGCGGCGAUGGCCUCGUUGCGGCGAGACACCUCUUUUACUACGGCUACCAGCCAACCAUUUUCUACCCCAAGCGCGGCAAAAAUGAACUAUAUCAGCGUCUUGCAAAGCAGCUGGAGGACUUGAACAUUCCGUUCGUCGACGACUUCCAGACCGCUGCAGAAUCAACAGACCACAUAGUUGACGCUAUUUUCGGUUUCAGCUUCUCUGGCGAAGUUCGCGAACCUUUCCCAGCAGUAAUCCGGGCUCUUGAGCAAACAAAGUUACCUGUCACUUCUGUUGAUGCUCCUUCAUCCUGGGAUAUCGAAAGCGGUCCUCCAAAGGCUGGUCUUGGCAGCGCGUUUAUGCCUACAGCCCUCGUUAGCCUGACAGCUCCCAAGCCUUUGGUAAAGCACUUCCACGGCAGACAUUUUGUCGGUGGCAGAUUCGUAUCUCCUGCCAUUGCAGAGAAGUAUAAAUUUGAGGUGCCGAAAUACGAAGGGGUUGACCAAGUUGUUGAGAUCUCUGCCGGUAACCAACGGCUCUAACAGUGCCGCGGCAAUGGUUCGUGAUUAGUAUUAAUAGUGGUAAUAAGGCGGUUUGGGUGCUGAGAUGCGUAUUUUCGUGACGUUUGUGGCGCCGUUACAUGACCCGACAGCCUCCUCUUAAACUGUUUGGGCAGACUGGGCUGGGACACUGCCCAUCCUUCAUAUCCUGGCGAAUGACGGCUGUACCUCUGGGACACUGGACCAGAGGAGGGUGAAACUGGUGGCAAAAGGCAACAUAUACGAGGUACUCUUUCCCGCAGGCUGGGCAUAGAGCCGUGUUGGCCGUGCACAUCAAAUCGUGGUCUCCAACAGCUCAAAAUAGCCUGUUCAACAUGUGCUGCUGAGAAAGAUACGAAAGGCGCAAAGUGCCGAGAGCCGACAUGGACAAACACGCUGGGCGGAGAAGCUUGAAUCGGCUGCGGCUAUUAUGAAGAAAUCAAGAAAUAAAGCAGGACGCGAACCUUUCAGAGCGACUACCAAGAGCGUCGAGGGCAAGCCAGCGGGUGCAGACGUCCGUGUUGGCGGCGUGGGCAAGUCGACAGCGCUGAUAUAAAACACACAGCUGGGCCCUCCAAGAGGAGAUGCCUCGCUAGCUGCCUGGGCCGGAAGCUUAGCGGCGACUUGGAACCUUUAUCAAGGUUGAAGAAAAGGCCAAGUGCAGACGAGCAGAGGCAGUAGACGCUCUGGGAGUCGGCGACGAGGUGGCAAAAGGUUCACGUCCAGCCCAAAGGACGGUUCCUGUGAUAGAGAAGCAGAGGGGAGCCCAUUUUGACUGCCAAAAUUGCCAAUUCACACGUCUGCUUUAAGCAACGGUCUGAUCGGGGUGCACCUGGGCGCACUACGAACGGCUACCGGAGCAAAUGCUCCAUGUCGCGCGUGAUAGGUCAGGGGUCUUUUUGACACCCGACUGGCGCAACGAGGAAAAAAAUAGCAGCCCCUCCUGCGACUGGUAAUAAAGGCUGCCCGCGGAGGAAAGCACCAGAAGGACAGCUGAGGGGUUUGCCUCUAAGUGGCAAUGAAACCGACAGCAAUACAGACGGAAAUGGGGAGUUUGGGCUGAGCGGAAACCUAUGAAUUGCACCCUCGGAAGAACACUCGGGGCAUUUAUACGGCUUGCACAGCGCAAAGCAACGAAAGAGAGUGCCUGGAUAGAGCUUUGUAUAGGCAUACCUGUAUAUAUGCAGAUACUCUUUGCAACAUAAGAAUCGCAAUACCAAGCUGGGUGCCAUCUAUACAGUCUAAUUGCGGGCUAACCUCGCUGUAUAUCGUACGUCCUUGCCAUCCAGGCAGCCAAUCACGCGUUCUUGGCCCCGCAGCCUGGCGGACGUAGAAUUUAAGAUGUUGCUAAACACAUUGUCAUAAUACAACGGGUUGUGGCGUUUAGAGCGAAAUAUUUAGAAAUAUUGUUCAUCAGGAGAUAUUGUUUGCUCAAACUGCCCACUACAUUCCCUACAAUGCACACAAGUUAUAAGUGAGUGCGAUGCACCCUCUGCAAACUGUUAUUCGCCAAGCUAACGCCCAGGGAGUAGCCACCGCCACCACUAGCGUCCACGACAAGACUUAUUACCGAUUCACUCGCUUACAACUUGCGCUCAUGUAAAAGUUGAUUGUAAAGGAACUUCCUAUUUUAAUAUCAAGAGUUCCGAAUGGCUGUAUAGCAAUGUGGCGAUCAGUUUUGACCAUACCAAUGAUCGCAAAGCCAAGAGAAAGAAAGAAAGAAAACACUGGCCCGAUUCGAUACGGAUCUCAGCCACCUAGUUAACAACGAUGCCAAUCUCACAACAUACAGAGGCGAGGAGAGUCAAAAUGAGACCCCUCGAGACUAGCACAACUGCUAAAACUAGAACGAAGAACAUGUAGAAAAAAAAUCGUGAUGUAGAAAGCUCUUUCCUUUGCUAUAUACUAACUUGCAAAAAAUCCACUCGAGACCAGUCAGAUAUUGCAAGCGCGCGAACAUCACAUCCGACGCCUUGUGAAAUAUAAAACGUCUCCACAUCAGCAAAAUAGUCCAGUCGUGCUACCAGCCGGAGAAGAACUGGCUCUGCGCAAGGAUCCCAUCAUCAUUUAACCGGAGAGGGGCUUGACGUUGUUGGCAUACUGGCCAGCAAAGUUACCAGCAGGGGCGUAGUUGCAGACAGUGUACAUGGAAGGGAAGCCGAGAACAGUGCCGGCAGGGCACUUGACAGUGGCGCAACCAACUUGCUGAGAACCCUUCCAGACAACCUGGGUGAAGUGGCCCCAUUUCUCGAAGUCCUGGGUAGGGUUGGGCUGGCCGAAGUAGUGGAAGUCAGAGAUCUCCUUGUACCACUGGUCAGAGACACCCUUGGCGGCAGCAUCAGCAGCACUGCCCAAGUCACCAGUAGAGCCGAAAGAGGCAAGGUUCUGGCCAGAGCUAUAACAAUUGUCAGCUGUAUUUCAAACGUUAUGAGAUAUCGAAUAAACAAACCUGUCGUGAGCAAAAACACACUUGUUAGCGUUGGCAGCAGCCUUGUUGGCGAGGUCGUCGCUCCAGCUGAGGGCGGAAGCAGAGUGCUGAGAGCGGUGGCCGUUGUGGGCGUUGAGAACAGCUCGCUGGUAGUCGUUGCCACCCUGGUUGCCGUUGUCCUUGGGAGGGUUGACGGUCACGGUAACACCGGGAACGGUGAUCUUGGGGACCUCAAUAACGGGCUUGGGAGGAGCAGGCUGAGAUUGAGGCUUGGGAGCAGGCUUGGGAGCGGGCUGAGCCGAGGGCUGGGCCGAGGGCUGGGCAGCAGCAGCAGCGGGCUUAGGAGCAGCCUUCUCCUCGGGCUUGGGAGCGGGCUUGGGGGCCUCGGUGGUGGGCUUGGGGGAAGGCUUGUUCUCGACGAAGACGGAAGAGGUAGGCGUAACUUCCUUGGUGACGGUAACGGUAACAAUGUCAUCGACCCAGACGACCUCAAGGGCACGUUUGUCGUUGUUGACAGGUCCAGCGGUGGCCAGCACAGCGCUAGCAGCGACGAUAAGAAGCGAGGACUUCAUGAUGAAAAGAGAGAUCGACUCUGCAAAGUUGG